AUGGCAGAUUGUGACGACAAUUGUGUUGAAAAUGUGCAGCAACAGCAGGUCAGUAGUGACCAAGACAAGCAGGGCAAUGUAUUUGGGAGAACUCAAGGGGCAAGCAAAGGUACUGUCCAGGGACAAGUGCAGUCUGACUCUGAGACAGUUGGUGUGGAGCUUUCUCGAGAGGAAAGACGUCGACAACGAAGGCAGGAAAGGGCGAGAUCUAGAGAAUCCUCCAGAGAACGAACCAAUGGGGAGGAUACAAAAUCAGUGGAAAGUGAAAUAAAUAGUCAAAAAUCCAGACGAAGACGGUUUAUUACAAGAGAUGCUGAUGAAGGAGAGAACACCAGCAGUACAGCUGUACCCUCCACUGUACCUCCUGUUGUUGUGCCUGUACUUGAUUCCACUAAACUUCCUCGGAGUCGACAGAUAAGGAAACCAGCUGAUACAGAGGGAACAGCAUCGCCCCCUGUGUCAUUACCUGUCAAAGUAGUUGACAAAACACCACAACCUGAGGUGGCAUCUUCAUCUCUUAGUAAGGCUGAGGACCUACAGAGACGGAGACAAAGAAGGCGUGAACUUAGUGCUGAACGGAGAGCCAGAAUGGGAACAGCUCCUCUCGUCUCUCCAGAGCCAGAUAUUCUACCAGAGGUCAAGGCCACAACUGUUCCAACUGGCAAUAAACUUGGUGACAAUUUAAACAAUAUGCAAGCUAAUUCAUCUGAUGGUCAGUCUUCUAGUGUUUCACAAGACAGUAGUGUUGGUGAUAUUCAUGUUCCUGUGAUUAAAAACUCUGAGGUUGUUACUGCUCAGUCAGUAUCAUCUGGUUAUCAAAGUAACGAUGAGUCUUCAGGGCAGACAAAAUAUAAACUUUUGAGGACACCCAGGGAAGAUAGAAGAGAGAGGCGAUUAUCAGGGAGUGAUGCUAUUUCAAGUUCUCAAAGUCCAAAGCAUAAUUUACAUGUUCAAAAUUCAAAGCAGACUGCUGAUAACACUUUACCCUUAGAAGCAGGUCAGAAAAAUGUUACGUUAAUAUAUCAGUCAAGUCACGAUAUGAAUGGAGACAGUCAGGAAGGAAAUGAGUUUCAGAGACAAAUAAUUGAUACUAGCAAUACUUCCUCAUCUAAUGCUCCACUUAGUCCUUCCUACAAACACAAGAUGCAGAACCUUUCUCCGAAGCCAUAUAGUCCUCCUGGAAAACACGAUGCUGAAGGAUCUUCUCCAACAUUCUCACCUUGGCCAACAAACACAACUGUACAACCUGUAUCCUCCUUUCCUUCCAGUCCUCGCCAGGAUACUAGACCAGUCUCGCCAUCUGUCAGAUCAGAUGGGGAGGCAAGACAAAGUCCUAGUCUAGUCCAGAUGGGUGGCAGAUCUCGACAUGGGUCUGGGUCAACACCUGUUAAGUCACAAAGUGCUGAGGAGAUGUCUGACAGGAAGAGAGAUCCACCAUCUUCCUCUAAAACUAGUAAGUCUAUGGACUUUAAUGAACAGAAUGCAUUUAAAGGUUCUUCAUCGUUAAAAAGGACAGCACUUGUUACAGACCUGGACAAAGCCAUGCAACAGAUGGAUCAGGAGAGACUACAUAGAUUGUUUAAGAAUGAAGGAAAGUCAGAACAUGGAGACAAGAUAGAGAAGGUGAGUGGAGGUAUAAUGGGGUCACAAGGGGAUGAUGGGGUGAUGGAGACAGAUUUAGAUGCUGAAACUGUGACCCCCAGUAAAUACAGAACACCAACCAAAGCAACAAUACCAAUGACUGGGAGUACUGCCUCAUCAAGUGGAAAACUACUUACGUCACUGCGGGACAACUAUCAAAAAUUACAGGAAAAAGUAGCUUCCCACAGACAAAGGACAGGGUCGGACUCCUCUUUACUGGAGAGACCAAAUAUUAAAAAGGUGAAGGAAAGACAGAAAACUAUGGAUGACUCGUACAGACCACAAGUCAAUCUAGAUGAUGCUGUUAAAUGGCCCGAAUCUGUACCAGAAAGAUUAGACUUCAGGCAUUUAGAUGUAUUUGAAGGGAAGAUGCUACUGCAGUUUCUGUGUUCUUCGAUAGACGAGAACCACUACUUACGUCUGAUUCUGACAUCACAUGAUCUCCAGGUAGUCAUUUCUCAGGUGGUGACCUGUCUGAUAGCCACUGGUAUCAUCAAGGAGCUGGAGCAGAGGGAGGGCCAGUUUGUCUUCAGAACGGAUUGUAUGUACUACUGGACCCACACCGAGAACCCAGUGGCCAAACAAAAUGCUGAUAUUGGCAAGCUGACGCCCAUGUGGCCACCCAACCUGCCCAAUCAGGACAGUCAACAUGGACUUAAGUACACAGAAGCAGAUCACCAGGCAGCUAUGGUCACUUUACGACAUGAGUAUCAAGAGGAUGUAAGAAAACUGAAGGAUGAGCAUCAGGCUGUGCUGAACAAGUUCCGUGAGGAGCAUGAAAAAAGUGUUCAACAGUAUGCUGAGCGUAUCGCAAACCUGCAGAGAGAAGUAGAAAAGUACAAGGCUUUAGCAGGCAUUGAAGAAUAUACCCAGGAGGCUCUAGCUGAAGCAGAGGCUGCUGGCAAGGAUCUAAUUAAUGGACAUAUUUAUGCACCAGACGGGUCAAGAAUCAUUGCAGUCACUGCAACACCACAGUCCACACCGUCUAACUCAGAGUAUCACACACCUGCUGUCACACCUGAAUGUGUGACAGGCAAGUUCCCUGUGAACAUUCUACGAGAGAAUGGAGAUAGUAUGGGCACGCCGGCUGUGCCUGCAGAGCUCCGGCCAGACCCCCCAGCUCCCCCUCCUCCACCUCCACCACCGCCUCCCCCUUUUAUGGGUGGGCCCCCACCUCCUCCACCUCCCCCUUUUAUGGGUGGACCCCCACCUCCUCCACCUCCUCCUGCUCCAGGCAUGCUGGGACUACAGAGCAGUAGAAGACCCUCCAAAUCUCCCAUCAAUCCCAAGUCCCCCAUGAAACCAUUGUUUUGGCAGAGGAUCCAGUUACAUGAUAUCAAACAUUCAAAAAAUAAAGAUCUGGCAAACGCACGUCUAGUGUGGGAUGAGUUGAAUGAGGCCAGUGGGUUGGACUUCAUGGAAGUGGAUUCUCUCUUCUCCAAACAGCAGCUCAACACCAACCAUCGAACCAAUCUUCAUCGCAGAAAAUCCAUACAACAACAGGCAGCUAAGGUGAUUGAGCCCAAGCGAGCACAGGUGGUGGGCAUCCUUCUGUCCAGUCUGAGGAUGGAAAUGACCGAAAUAGAACAUGCAAUUUUAACCUUUGACACCUCAGUAGUGAAUGCAGAGAAGCUCAGGGCAAUAUAUGACAGUCGAGGAGAACCAGAUGAAAUAAAAAAACUGAAAAAGCAUGUGGAUAAACACCCAGAUGUACCACUUGAUAAACCUGAUCAAUUUUUGUACGAUUUGACGUUGAUUCCGGACUUCGUAGAUAGAAUACACUGCUUUAUUUUUCAACAAACAUUCCUGGAGUGCAUGUCUGUGAUAGAAAACAAAUUCAACAAUCUCAAGAUGACUGCUGAUCUGCUGAUGCGAGAUGAAGGAAUACGAAAUAUCUUAGGUCUAGUCUUGGCUAUAGGAAACUAUAUGAAUGGGGGGAAUCGAAAUCGGGGACAAGCUGAUGGUUUCAGUAUAGAGAUACUACCUAAUCUAAAGGAUGUUAAAACUAAGGACAACAGAUCAAGUUUGCUAUCUUACAUUGUAACCUUGUAUGUGAAGAUGUAUGAGAGAGAUGUCACCAGCUCCGACCGUCUGACUGCCCCUAUUCCUGACACAAGUGAUCUGAAUCAGGCCAAACUGGUGGCAUUUGAUGAAAUCGAAAAGGAAAUGAAAAAAAUCAAAAAGGAUUUUGAUGCGGCAGAGAAAUGUGCUGAGAAAAUAAUGAAAUCUAAAGCUAGUCAAGAGUGUGUGCAGCCAUUCCAGGACAUCAUGACAGAAUUCUUCGAAAGAGGACGCCGUGAAUACAAAGAACAAGAAGAGAAUUUGAAAGAAAGUCGUGCAAAGUUUCAGGAGGUUGUCAUGUUUUUCUGUGUUAAACCAAAGAGUGGGGAGAAAGAAGUGACUCCAGACUAUUUCUUUUCAUUGUGGUUGGUGUUUUGUAAAGAUUUCAAAGAUUUCUGGAAAAAAGAGCAGCAGCGAGUUAUAAAACAAAGAAUCAAGGAUGCCCAGAUGAGAGUUAGACAGUUGCAGGAGGGUAAAAAGGUGGCCAUCUCCACACAAAUUAGGACACGCUCAAAGAAACCUGGAGGAUUAAAAGACCGACUUGCCAGUAAGGGGAUGCUGUAGACCCUGCCAUAUUUUGUUGGAGCUUGAUUGGCGC